UUUUCGUUCGUAAAGUCGAUCGUAUGUUAAUAAAAUGGUGAUUUUACUCGUUAAACGUGCCAAUGAGAAUCAAUUCCUUUACGAAACCAGCGUCGAUAAGUCCGUUGAUGAUGUAGUGAAGGAUAUUACUGCAAUAUUCAACGGUAGAUUAAAAGUGACACGUAUUUGCUAUGAAAUGGAAGAAUUGCAGAAGCAUGGAACUUUCCAGCCAAUAGAAAUGCAAGGAUUGACUGAAGAACAGAUAAUAGAACUGAAACUGGAAGAUCCUUGGGCUAAGAAGUGUGCGCCGCAGGAUUAUAUCGUACAAAAGGACGAAAUGGGUCGCCGCUGUGGCUUCGCCCCGCCCACUCAUUUGCAACAAGUGCUCAAGAAAGCUAUGGAAACAGCCAAAGAGAUGAUAAGCAAAAAGCGGGUAGACCUACGUCAAUGUCUUACUCAAAAAGACGUGGCAAGAGCACUCGAUGAGCUUCGGGGAGCUACCAAAAUCGUCUUCCCAGCUGGUCUACCACCACACGAUCCAGUAAGAAUGGAACUGGAUAAUGUGGAAGAUUUAACUGGAACCCACGCAGCUAAUGAAGUCAUUGACCCAUCAAGAGCAUGUUUGUGGGCUUGUGGGAAGAAGUUUAUCAGUGGGAAUAAAUUAAGCGAUCAUUUGGGUAAAAAUGACAAGACUAAAGUUACCGUCAAGCUAUGCUCUACUUCUGAAGGUGCUCCAGGAAGAGAACCGGUGAUGAGUGAAGAAGAGAGAAAGCAAUUGAUGCUGCACGCGUACAGAAAGCAAGAGGAGUGGAAGAAGUUGGAACAAGAUGAUGAUGACAGCUACUUGGACUCAAAGUGGGCUGAUGGGAAGAAUCUUAAGAGGCAGUUCCAUGGUUUGGAUAAUAUUGCUUGGAGACCUGGAAUGAAGAAUUAGUGUACCUUGAUGAUUAG